AUGGGCUUCGGUAUAGACCAGGUAUUGGGCACAUCUGUUGAAAACCUUGAAGGUACUAAUAUUUACUAUACUACGUCUUUGAAAGGGGAAUGUUCUACGGUAAUUUCAUAUCUACGUUCAAGAGGAAUAGAGGUUUCAGGUUUGUUGAAUAACAAUGACCCCUUUGCUACUAUAGUUGAUUCUCUUGAUCCAACUUCACGGACUGCAGUAUUUACAGAUGACAGUGUUAUAAUGUAUGCCCUUCCACAUUUAUACAAUUUAGAAGGCUUUGCAGUUUUGAUACAUGUCGAUUUGAGAUAUCAGGAAUAUUCUUUGUUACCCGCUUUAAGGGAUCUGCGGUAUCCGUUAUUGAUAUCUAAUGAUCUCGGUAGAGUUGUAAAAGCUGUGGAUGAAGCUGUUGAGAUUGCAUUUACUUUGAAUCAGCCAGUGUUCCACUUUUAUAACUCCAAAGCUAUUGGCCAAGAUACUAUUGAAAAUUAUGAACCUGUAUACCGUGCAUUGAAUUUUGAGGAAUCAAGUAGGAAUAUUGCAGAUAUUCUACGGCCCUCUUUGGAUGUUUUGUAUGGACCUAACCCUGAUACCUUGAUACUUAAUUUGUCGCCUUAUGGUAAGCAAUUUGCUGAUAAUUUGACAGAUGAAAUAGCACUAUACGACAUUACUGUAUACAAGCCAUUUGAUAUUACUAGCUUACUGAGUAACUUGCCGCCAUCUGUCACUAAUAUAUCUGUUGUGCAAGGAAGCAGUAAUGCCUCGACCAACAAGGGCAUGGAACCUAUUCUUUUGGAUGUUGUUGCUGACUUUAAUGUUUUACUUGAAAAAAACAUUUGUAAUGUGGUGACUGUCAAUGUAGGCACAUUGACAGAUAUUUCUGCUGCGUUAUCAGAAAUUACAAGCAAUGCUAAAUCAGAACAACCCAAUCAAUCUUUAUUUAUUUCCGAAAAUGAGCAGUUCAAAGAAACUUUGGACUUGAAGGACUCCAUCAACAAAGCAAUCUCUUUAGAGAAGGCUUAUAUUGAUGUAUUGGAGCAGCUUUUUACCUCUAACUUAAGUAUUUUGAACCAGUUCAAAGAAUCAAAGUCGCGGCCCUUGAAUCCGGAGUAUGCUUUUGGUGGAUUUUUGAGAGAGCAAUGGGAACGUGAACAAUUGCUCUCUACUAUCAGUGCUCGCUUAGAUACUUCUUUAUUUGACUAUGAUAGUAGUAGGCUUGUAGAGCUGCUAUCAAAAUGGAUCUCCUAUAACAAAAUUAGUCUCGACGAGUCAAAACUCUCGGAAGCAAAUGCAGUUGCAAGUGAACUCUUUGAUUUAUUACAGAAGAAUUCAGGGAGUUUUAGUGCUAAAGAAAUCCUUGAUGUGGCACCAACUGAAGAUCUUUUCUUGUUUCAUGUUAACUGGUUAAUAGGCUCUGAUGCAUGGGCAUACGAUUUGGGUAACUCAGGGGUACAUCAUGCAUUAGCAUCACAGAAAAAUGUCAAUAUUCUGUUGGUUGAUUCAGAGCCUUCUGAAAAGGUGGCCAAAUCUACCCGUAGAAAAAAGGAUGUGGGAUUAUAUGCGAUGAAUUUUGGUAACGUUUAUGUGGCUUCAGUUGCUGUGUACUCUUCUUAUACUCAGCUAUUGACUGCUUUUCUGGAGGCAGCAAAAUAUAAUGGGCCAUCGAUAGUUUUAGCCUAUCUGCCCUACAGUUCAGAGGAUGACACACCGUUGGAAGUUUUAAAGGAGACUAAGAAGGCAGUAGAAACUGGUUAUUGGCCCCUUUAUAGAUAUAAUCCAAGUGAACAAAAUGAUGAGGACGUCUUUAAGCUGGACUCAUCCAUUAUUAGGAGACAGCUUCAACAAUUCUUGGAUCGUGAAAAUAGGUUUACUAUGCUUUGUAAAAAAAUACCAGAACUUGCUGGGAAUUUAGAGAAAUCGGCAAGUGAGUUGAUUACCAUAAAGCAAAAGCGCAGAGCUAAGGAAGCUUAUGGUCAGUUAUUGGAAGGUCUAUCAGGUCCUCCUUUGAAUAUUUAUUAUGCUUCAGAUGGUGGCAAUGCUGCAGGUUUAGCUAAACUCUUAGGUGCCAGAGCAUCCGCUAGAGGCUUGAAAUCGACUGUGUUAUCUAUGGAGAAUGUUGUUUUAGAUGAGUUGCCCGGAGAAACUAACGUUAUCUUUAUUGUUUCUACAACAGGCCAAGGUGAAUUUCCUCAGGACGGAAAAUCUUUCUGGGAAGGAUUGAAAUCUUCUAUUGACUUAGAUUUGGCAUCUGUGAAUUAUGCAGUAUUUGGUUUGGGUGACUCACACUAUUGGCCUCGUAAAGAAGAUGAACGAUAUUACAAUAAACCUUCGAAAGAUCUAUUUGCAAAGCUUCAUUCUCUUUCAGCAAAGUCUAUUAUUCCUUUGGGUCUAGGUGAUGAUCAAGAUGAAGAUGGUUACCGGACACAAUAUAAGGAGUGGGAAGCAAAACUUUGGGAAGCUUUUGGUAUAUCCAAUGCUGCUGUUGGAGAGGAUCCCCAACCUCUCACGAACGAAGAUAUGAAGCUCGCUUCCAAUUACUUGAGAGGGACAAUAGCAGAAUCGCUGAUUGAUACUUCAACUGGAGCUGUCUCAGCCAGCGAUCAGCAAUUGACAAAAUUCCAUGGUAUCUAUUUACAAGAUGAGCGUGAUAUUAGGGAUGUAAGAAAGAUGCAAGGCUUAGAGCCAUACUACAUAUUCAUGGUUAGAACCAGAUUAGCUGGUGGUGUCGCAAACCCGGACCAAUAUUUAAUUUUGGAUCGUAUGGCGGAUACAACAGGGAAUGGUACUAUUAAGAUCACUACCAGAGCCACAUUUCAAUUACAUGGAAUUCUAAAAAAGGAUUUGAAGCACACAAUAAGAUCACUUAAUUCGACUUUGAUGGAUACUUUAGGUGCCUGUGGUGAUUUGAACAGAAACGUCAUGAUUUCUGCACUCCCUCAUAAUGCAAAGCUUCAUAAAAGUGUUUCCAAUAUUGCAGCUUUGAUAUCUGACCGUUUAUUACCUCAAACGACAGCAUAUCAUGAAAUUUGGCUGGAGGGUCCUGAUGACAGAGAUGGAGAUUCAUCAUGGUCGUCAAUUUGGAACACGGCUACUUCAGGUCCAAAGAAAAAGAUUUUGGUUGGCGGUAAUGCUUUACAAGACGUAGAACCUAUUUAUGGGCCUACUUACUUGCCAAGAAAAUUUAAAAUCAACAUUGCAACGCCGCCGUAUAAUGAUGUUGAUGUUUGGUCAUGUGAUCUUGGUAUGAUUGCAAUUUCCGGCGAAAACUCUGAAGUAGAAGGUUUUAAUCUCUAUGUUGGUGGAGGAAUGGGAACCACGCACAAUAAUAAAAAGACCUAUCCAAGAAUCGGAUCUUCUUUUGGUUUUGUUCCCGUGGAUGAAGUUUAUAACGUUAUUGAGAAGAUCGUCCUACUUCAAAGAGACCAUGGCGACCGAAAGAACAGAAAACAUGCAAGGUUAAAGUACACAAUCGAUGAUAUGGGUGUGGAUGUCUUCAAAGGAAGAGUUGAGGAAUUAUGCGGGAUAAAGUUUGCCCCAGAGCGGCCAUAUACCAUUGAAUCGAACAUUGAUUAUUUUGGUUGGGUAAAAGAUGAAACAGGAUUGAACCACUUUACUGCAUUCAUAGAGAACGGUAGGAUUGAAGAUAGCCCAUCGUUCCCACACAAAACAGGUUUACGGAAGAUUGCAGAAUACAUGAAGGAAACGAAUUCUGGAGAGUUUAGGUUGACAGGCAACCAGCAUAUCGUUAUUUCUUCAAUUAAGGAUCAGCAUCUGGACGACAUUAAAGCAUUUUUAAAAAGAUAUAAAUUGGACAAUUAUGAUUUUAGUGGACUAAGGCUAGCGUCUUCAGCGUGUGUAGCACUUCCAACGUGUGGCUUAGCUAUGGCUGAAUCUGAACGUUACUUACCCUUAUUGAUUACUAAACUUGAGGAAGCUUUAGAAGGAUACGGCUUGCGUCAUGAUUCGAUUGUCAUGAGGAUGUCUGGUUGUCCGAAUGGGUGCUCCAGGCCCUGGCUGGCUGAAGUCGCAUGUGUUGGCAAAGCAAUGGGUACUUACAAUCUCUUGCUUGGUGGUGGUUAUUAUGGCCAGAGGAUAAACAAACUCUACCGCUCAUCCUUGAAGGAAGACGAGAUUAUAGGUACACUGAAGCCCUUAUUUAAAAGGUGGUCUUUGGAGAGGGAAGAAGGCGAACACUUUGGCGACUUUGUGAUUAGAGUUGGUAUAAUCAAGCCAACUUUAGAGGGGAAGUAUUUCCACGAUGAUCUUCCCGAAGGUGCUCUCUAA